CUCCGUCCCGCGCGACCUGGGCGGCCGCACCCAUGACUCCGCCCUGCGCGCGGAGCUGCAGCCAUGGCUGUCACCGCCGAGGGCGCCCGCAGGAAGGAGCGCAUCCUCUGCCUGUUCGACGUGGACGGGACCCUCACGCCGGCUCGCCAGAAAAUUGACCCUGAGGUGUCAGCCUUCCUGCAGAAGCUACGAAGUAGGGUGCAGAUUGGUGUGGUGGGCGGCUCUGACUACUCUAAGAUUGCUGAGCAACUGGGUGAUGGCGAUGAAGUCAUUGAGAAGUUUGAUUACGUGUUUGCUGAGAACGGGACGGUACAGUACAAGCAUGGGCAGCUGCUCUCCAAGCAGACCAUCCAGAAUCAUCUGGGGGAGGAACUGCUGCAGGACUUGAUCAACUACUGCCUCAGCUACAUGGCCCUGCUCAGGCUGCCCAAGAAACGUGGAACCUUCAUCGAGUUCCGGAAUGGCAUGUUGAACAUCUCACCCAUCGGCCGCAGCUGCACCCUGGAGGAACGGCUCGAGUUCUCCGAACUGGACAAGAAGGAGAAGAUCCGGGAGAAAUUCGUGGAAGCCUUAAAGACAGAGUUUGCCGGCAAGGGACUGAGGUUCUCUAGAGGAGGCAUGAUCAGCUUCGACGUCUUCCCCGAGGGCUGGGACAAGCGCUACUGCCUGGACAGCCUGGACCAGGACAGCUUUGACAUCAUUCACUUCUUUGGGAAUGAGACCAGCCCUGGUGGGAAUGACUUUGAGAUCUAUGCCGACCCCCGGACUGUCGGCCACAGCGUGGUAUCCCCUCAAGACACAGUUCAGCGAUGCCGAGAGAUCUUCUUCCCGGAGACGGCCCACGAGGCCUGACCAGGGCCCGUGCCAGAGCAUCAUAGCGUCCAAGAGCUCUGCCCUGGCCGAAAGAAACACCCGUGGGUGCCAGCACCCCUCCUCCUCUGUGGCCCCGUGUGGCCCACUGUAAGGUCCACUCACACGGGACCAGGGUCUGUGCAGUGACCAUCCCAAGACAGCUUCCUGAGUGGAUUCCGCCCUCCACCCCACAGCCCCGCCCGGGGCAUGGCUGCUGCUGGCACUUGAGCGAGCAGGGCCGCCCCGUCUCCCCUGCAGGGAGGUGCCUGUGCCAGUCCCGCAAGGAGCCCGCCGCGCCAGGCUCCAGGAGCAGUGUGGCAAGGCAGGGGCCCAUCGCCGAGGACUUUAUGAUAUUAAAGUUCCCAGGACAAGA